AUGACUAUCGAUCCCGUCCCAGUUAAGCCUUGGACUCGUCCCCCGCCUACCACCGAGGACCUGGACUGGGCACCGCUGGCUAAGAUUGACCUAUCGCGAUUCAAUGAGCCUGGUGGCAAAGAAGCUCUUGCAAAGCAGCUGUAUGAUGCUUUGACCAGGGUCGGAUUCUGGGUUGUUGUGGGCCACGGCAUCGACGACGAGCGCGUCCUGCGACAAUUCAGCUUCGGCAAUGCCUUCUUCGAGCAGCCGUUGGAGGAAAAAAGAGUCUUUCCAUGCAACUUUGCCCUGGGGGAGUACUUUGGAUACCGCGAGAAUGAGCGGUGGAUUGGUGAUACGGGGGUUAAGGAUAAUAUCGAGAUGCUGAACAUCCCUAAGGCAAUCCCCGAGUGGGAUCAUCUGCCGCGUCAUCGCAUCGUGCGCGAGAACUAUGAAGAGAUUGCCAGCUUCCAUCGCGAACUAUUCGACAAGGUAGCGCGUAAACUCUUUGUCCUCAUGUCCAUCAUUCUGGACCUACCAGAGAACUUUCUCGCCAACGCGCAUGCAUAUGACAAGCGCUCGGACGACCAUCUACGGUAUAUGAUUUACAAUGUCAGAAGCCAGGAAGAAUGGGACCGCGCCCAGGUGUACACGAAGGGCGGACACACUGAUUUUGGAAGCCUUACACUGCUCUUCUCGCAACAAGUGGCUGGUCUACAGAUCAGGACGCCCGAAGGUAAAUGGAAAUGGGUGAAGCCCGUGGAAGGGGGCAUCACUUGUAACGCGGCGGAUACGUUGACGUUCUUAACAAAAGCACUAACCGACGCAGGGUUUAUCAAAUCGACGGUACAUCGAGUUGUGACCCCUCCCCGAGACCAAAUCAAUAUUCCCCGUCUCGGUCUUCUGUACUUCGUCCGGCCUGGGGACUCUACAAUCAUGAAGCCUGUGCCCUCGCCGCUUCUUGAUCGGCUUGGUCUGCUGACAGACGAGGAUAAGGACCCCAACAUCCCAGCACCCACUGGCACUGAGAAGCAGGAGGAAGUUGUGGAGUGUAACAGAGCUGGACAACUUGGCUUGGAGAAGAUGUAUAUCGUUUCAGUGGCUGUCCUGAUCUCCAAGUAUGCCACAUGA